UGAUAAUUAUAAUGAGAAUAAUAAUAGUGAUGAUGAUAAUGAUAUUCAUAGAUUUUAUAAUGGUUCUUGGAUUGGAGAUUUAUAUGAUUUAUCUAAACUAGAAAAGAAAGAAAAAGAACUUCAAAAAACAAUAUCUUUUGACACUUUAUUAGAAACAUAUUCAAAAGGGAAGUUAGGUUUAACUCAAAUAUUUGAAGAUGCAACUAUUGAAUUCUUAGCAAGUUUUAUGAGUAUUAGUGAAACAAGUAAAACAAGUAAUAAAGAAUUUAAAAGAAAAAAGUUGCAUUAG